AUGUUAAAAGGGAUUCAAGAACAAGCAAUGAAGGACUGUCUGCAAAAGAUUCCUCAAAGUCCAUUAGAACCAUAUGACAGUAAAUAUCAUGUAGGAAUAGUCUCUAACUUGAAGGAUCGUUUCAAAGAUCUGAACGAAAUUGCUAUAGUGGCGCAAUUUGUUGUUUUGCCAUUCAUGGAAAUUGAUAUCCAGCAGUUUGCAACUUCUAUUAUGCAGAAUUUUAGCGAAAACAUCGCUGCGACAGAAAUAGAAGUGCGUUUCAAAAUGAUUUAG